AUGGCUGAACCUUCUAACUCAAACAACAUCGCUGAAAACGAAUCUGGGCAACUUGGUGGCUGCAAAGGGGGAGCUCCCCCAAAUGCAAAUCCCAACUUAAGCCCAGUGGCCCUCAAGACUCUUAUCUCCUGUUUUCCUGAUCAAAAACUUCAAUCUGUUUCUGCCCCAAGUCAAGGUGUUUCUGCCCUGCAGCCUUCACAAUCUCCAUCUCCAUCCAUGGCCUGUCAACAGCAACUCAUGAACCCCUCCAUCAUUACAAGCUUACUUUUGCCACUGCUUGGAAUGAGCUCUUCACAAGUUCAGCAACCUUCCUCCCUCACUGCUCACGUUCCCCAGAAGACCAAGUGGUCUAUCACACGCUGUGAGUUUGUUGAAUUUGAUUCUCUGUUGCCGGAAAACUCAUGCCUCAAUAACAGUGACCUAAAGGCUGUGUUGUCUACAUGUAUCUCUUUCGAAUUUCGAGGGCAAACAAGUCAAUGUUCCCACACCCUCUUGCAAGAAAAAACCCACAUUGACUCCAUUGACAGGUGGCUGUCAGCUUUUGUGGUUUACUGCACAGUCCUUUUGUCCUCUUUCCUCCAUAGGGCUGGCGAGAUGUUUGCCUUUAAAGAGAUAAUCCGAUUAGCACAUUGCAAGCUCACAGGGUUUGCAUGGCUAUCUUACGACAUUGAUUUUCUUAGGAAAGCAGCUGGCAACCUUGCUCUCAAUUGGGGAGAAUGGAAAAUAUACAAUUGUACCUCCUGAAGUUUACUGGUCAAGCAAAAUCUUCUUGCUCUGUUUGUGGGAGUGGGGACCAUUUUUCUCAUAGCUGCUCCCUUCCUGCCCUUAGGCCAACUUCCAGCCGAGGAGGAGUGUACCAUAAUUUUAACCAUGGUACCAAAUGCAGCCAAGACACCUGCCCCUUCAGCCACUGCUGCAAGAUCUGUGAUGGGGAUCACCCCUCCUACUAACAUGAUGCCUCCCAGGGAAAAGCUAGAAGCAAGGCUUAUAAAAAGUCCUCAAACCGCUGAAGUUUUACAGUCUUAAAGCCUAACACCCCUAUAAAUGGUCCCUUUUUUACACGACCUUCUAAAAUCCCACCCUAAUCGAGAUUUUAUUAAUAACAUUUCCACUGGGUUAUGGUUUGGUUUCCGGGUGGUUUACAAGGGUUACUGGUUCCCUAGGGUUUCUAGAACCUUCCAUCUACCACCCAGCAACCGGAAGUUAUUUAGGCCAACCUACUUGAGGAGGUCAAGGAACGGGCCUAUUUGUCCCUGGUCUGCCCUGUAUGCGAGUACGGCUCCAUCACUUGGAGUCCAUAUACACAAAAGGACAUUAUCUGUGUUGAAUCUGUUCAGCGUCAUGCGCCCAGGGGGUGGGGGGGGGGGGUACUCGGGAUUUCAAGUGACGGGAAUGAUCGAAGGAUUUUUUUGGGUUUGAAAUUUUCGAUUCCGGGAUUUUUUUGGGUACAAAAAUUUGGCCAGUAUUUUUUUGGGUAGCUUGAUUUGAGUAGGGAUUUUUUGGAGGUAUUAAAAAGAAUUGGCAGUGCCCUGGCUGCGUAGUUCUGUGAGCAAAGUACAAACAAACGUGUUUUGCUGUUGUUUAAUAGUUAACUAUGGUGUCACUUUACAUUGCACGUGUUAUACAAUAGUCUGCAUUUUUGGUCCAGGGAAUUUUUUGGGUUUUGCUGGAAGCCCUAGGGAUUUUUUUGGGUCUUGACUUUUGGCUCCAUUUGAUCAUCCCCGUCACUUGAAAUCCCAAGUACCCCCCCUGGGGUCAUGCGGUGUGUUUUGGUUACAAGUAACGAUUACUGUCGUUCUAGUAGCGUUAAUACAAUGUUAUCAAACUUGGGUUGGUUAGAUAUUGAGACACGCAGGAAGAUCACCAAUUUGACAAUGUUUUGUAACAUAAAGACAGGCAAUGUACGGAUGUCGUCCCCAAAUGACCUACGCUAGGUGCACUGUCCCUACUUAACUUGAGGUAGUGCACAGCACCCAUUCCAGUUCCAGCGUUACUCAUCUACUAUUAAUGUGCACAAGUACUCUUUUUUUCAUAAGAACUGUUCCAGCUUGGAACGCUUUGUCUCCUGGUCACGUACAUGCUGAUUCCGUUGCUGUGAUCUAUUCAAAUAUUUGUAAUGUUAUGUUUUAACAAUUUUUAUUUUAUUUAUUUUCUGAUAUGACUUGUGAAAAUUAAUUCAUUUUGUCUAUUUGAGGGGGGGGGGGGAUUAAUUUUGAUAAAGCCCUCCCCUUCGGCCGCAGAAGUGCCCCCUUUUUCUUCAAUCAAUUGUCGCAUGCCCUGGAAUGGCUAGUCAAAAAUUACCUCAAUAAUUAUUAUAUCGUCCAUUGUUCAUAUUUUUGAUGACUUUUUUUUGCCCAACCAGCAUCAUCCUCCCUCUGCGCAACAGCUCUGUGCUGGGUCCUUACCUUGUUUGAGGACUUGAACAUCCCGAUUACCCGUAACAAAACCUUUUGGCCUUCCAAGGUCCUGGAAUUCAUAGGUAUCACCCUGGAAUCUGUUAACAUGCAGGCCCGUCUCCCUGAGGAUAAGCUUGACAAAGCAUGGCCAAUGCUACUGGGGUGGUCAUCUAAAUGGUUUUGCCACCUGUGGCACCUCCAGUCUCUUAUUGGGACCCUUCAAAUUGCCAGUUUCCCCUGGUUGGGCCCCUGCAACACAUCAUUAACCUUUCCGAAAGGACCUUUACAUGUGCCACCUUUUUCUCGGUCACUGCAAUGGUAUCAGCCUCUUUCUUCCCCUUUACACUGAAAUCUCCCCAGACAUCCAUCUCUAUACUGAUGUUGAUGAUUUGGGCCCCCCUUUGGGUCAAUGUAGGAGAAUUUGCUUCUACUGUGACAACCAGGCUGUCAUUGCUAUUUUGUCUGCCAAGAGCUCCAAAAUUCCCUGUGUGAUGAACCUUGUAUGGUUGAUCACUUUUCAAACACUUAGUUUUAAUUUUACAUUUACUGCUGAGCAUGUCCCCGGGGUUAAUAAUGUCAUUGCUGAGUAUCUUGUUUCCAAAUACAUGUCACCGUUCUGCCUUCUUGCAUCAGACGCAUUGCCACCUCCCUGCUGUCCGAUCCCUAAAUUUUUGACCAAAGUUUAACCAUGCAAGCUGCUUACUAUUACUGCCCAGUGUAUUGCUGCCGCUACUAGUUGCACUUACUCAUCCGAGGAGUACCAUUUAUGCAAUUCUGCCUUUUCAACAACCUUAUUUCCUCUGAGAACCUCUUUUUACCUGCCGAGGAGUCCACCUUAAACCAUUUUGUCACCCACCUCUACAGCCUACUCGCUUUCUUAUGGCACCAUCAAAGUUUAUGGCAGCAGUAAAAAUUCUUCAUAUUAGGUUUAAUUGUCUCCAGGAUCUCCCCUCUAUAUCAUUUCUAUUUAAGACCUUGCAUGACAUUAAAUCUUCCUUUGGAAUCUCUAAGCUAUCGCACCUUCCCAUCACAGUUUCAAUCCUCCACCAAAUUCAUCUUGUCCUACAACCCUCACGGUGCGUGAACACAGAUUCUUCCAUGUUGUGGGCCGCUUUUACUGUAGCCUUUUUAUGUUCUCUGCAUAGUAGUGAAUUAACUUGUGGUGGCACUUUUGAUGCUCAGAUCCAUCUGACCAGAUUGGAAGUUUCCUUUUACCCUGACCUGUUACAACCUGAUUACUUCGAAAUUGUUAUAAAAAAGUCUAAAACGGACCCCUUCUGGGCGACAGCCAAGCUCACUAUAGCCAAAUCAAACUCACCCGUAUGUGCUGUUACUGCCUCAAGAGACUACUUCCAGACAAGAACACAUUCAGCUGCUCAGCCUCUGUUCCAGUUCUCCGAUGGCCAGUACCUUACCCGCUCUUCUUUUACUCAUAAUUUCAGGCCUUGCUAA